AGUGUGUGGUGGCAUGUCAUAAGUUUGUUGAAGUCAAUGCAUUGGGCUUGACAGUAGCUGCCCUUAGCAGUUAUGAUAGUAAUAUGCGUGCAGCUGCCUACCAUGUCCUGAGUUCCUUUCGCUCUCAUCUGGAAGCGGCUCGGUUUCGAGAACAGAAACAGUUGCUGUACCUUAUGGACGUUGUGCAAAAUGGAAUAAAACAACCAAAUCUCAGAUUUACUUUCCCUUUAACACUAUAUAUAGCUAGAGUUGCCCAGCAAAUACUGAAACCAGAGGAGCAUAUGUACACAAAGUUGAACAGAUUUCUUCUAUCCCAUCAGUAUUUGGAUUUGAGAAAAGUGCCAGGAUUUUUUCACCUUUUCUAUAGCUUUGAUUCAGAGCACAAAAUGGAGCGUGAAUGGGUUCUAGCUAUUAUUGGAGAAGGUCUCAGAGAUAAAAACUGCUAUCAGCUAUAUGAUUAUCAAAGAAUUUUCCAUAUCAUUCUGUCCUUCUUCCAUAGCCCAUUGUGUGAUGAAGCAACACAGUAUCAGAUUCUGGAAAUACUUCAAAAUGCUGCCUACAUCACUAAAGCUGCUUAUGAACUAAUAAGGGACCAUAGCCUUUUAACCUGGCUGUUAUCUGUUGUUGAGAAAAGGUUUCUAGAAAACAAAUUGUUAAUACAUAUAAUCUCCUUAAUCGACACUCUCUGGAAAACUAAUUUAGGAAAUAAGCAAACUUCACUCAGUUCAUCUAGCCAAUUAAAAGAAUUAAAAGAGAACCGGAAAUUCCUUCCCAUCCAGCUUAUUAAUGAAUUUCUCCAUGUUCUGCUAAUACUUCUUAACCACAUCAGAACCAACUUGGAUCCUGUUGCGUUUAUUCAGUUUUUCAGUGUAUUAAGUUCUGUAUUGGAAUACCGUACUCUGGUUAUUAAAGCCUUCAGAGAAAUGGGCAGAUUCGUUGUAAAUGAACAUAUCCUUUCAAACAAUGAUGUGUUGAUACUUUUGUACAAGUGGAGUAUAAUUAGCAAAGAUGUGGAACUUCAGGAUGACCUGCAUGUUGUUGCACAACAAUACCAAAUCAAAGAAUUGCUUAGAAAUACAGACAGGAACAAACCACGGUUACAUUCUCAAGCAUCAAUCCGACUAGCUCAGAGAAGGAGUAAAAUUGAAAUAGAGGCAGCUGCAAUCUCUGUAUGGAAAGAAGUUUAUUUAAAUGAAUGUAGAACUCUUCUGAGAUCCGUUUUUAUCCAUUGGGAACCUGUUUUACUGGAAACAUCAGCAAAAUUGCCAACAGAACAGAAAGGAUAUAGAAAUUCAGAUCUUACCUGCAAGAUUGCUUAUUUAGUAUUUAGAUGGCUUGUGACAUCCUUCCUUGAUAGCAACUUGAACAUUCAGAAUGCACUCCUGACUUUCUGGUGGCUUAAAAAAUGUGGUUUUGGAAACAACAUUAUAUUGGAUUACAUUCUUAAAGAUGGAACUCUGAAAAGGGCUGUAUUUAAGCUUUAUAGUAGCAUCUGUAAUGCCUCUGAAGUUAUGAAGUUGAGUGAGCUCUCUGUGCUUAAUGGAAUCAUGCUCCACCUACUAGAAUCUCAGGGCCUGGCAGAAAAUAAUUUUCAUGGAGCUGUGAAGAAAUUCUGCCUCACUGAAGUGACAGAAGUGAACAAAGCUGCAAGCAUUUUCCUUUCUUCAAUUUAUAUUGGAGACAUUUGGCUAGGAGCAAGUCAACCAGACAUGUUUAUGACACACAUUAAACUAAUAUGUGGAGCAACUGAUACUGAACGAAAUGACAAAAAAAGGUUGGAAUUUGAAGAUUCGAUGGUUUCUCUCUGCAAAGACAUAUACUCAUUUCUAAGUCUUCAUCGUCAUAUUCAAUAUUAAACACAAACAUUUGUCAACUUUCCUAUCUUGAAACUAAAAAAUAAAUAAAAAGAACCAUUGUGUACAAUUCUACAGGAAUUGUUUCAAAAACAAUGUCUAUUUUCCUACUAACAGUAGUACAAUUUUAAGUUAUAAUAGGCAUGAUUUCAGAUAAACUUAUGUUUUUUCAGAAUUUGGCAAAGCUGGUUUUAGAUGCUGAUUUUGUAUAUUGUGUUUUAAACUGCUGGAAAAAGUAAUGAACAAAACAUUGAUUGGAGGUUAAUAAUUUUGCAGUAAAGUAAACAUAGAGUAAUGUUUACUGUUGUGUGAAAUGAACAUAUCCAUUAGAGUUGUGUAGGCUUUGAAAAUGGUUUUAGAAGUAGUGUUUUGUUAUAUGAAGAAAUAAAAAAACAGUCCCAUUUUAAAGCAACUUUUAUUUUCAGGCUUCUGUUUUAAUAAAUCACAUUAAAAGGUGAAGUUGCUUUAAUGGGGUGAUCUUUUAAAAAACAGUAUUUUUGUUUCAAGUUCAUCACAUAGAAGCCUGAAAAAAAUUACAAAGAAUGUGUGUGUGUGUGUGUAUGUAU